ACGGUACGUAGGCGGCUCACGCCAGCACCCUCUCCCCCUUCCCCACCACAAUCCCCCAAAAAUCCCCAAAUUAUCAAACUUUGCACGGAACUCAGACGACAUACUCUUCAAUUUCGAUCUUUAUCCAUCAUACGAACACCAACACCAACACCAACACCAUCAAUUAUACAACAAGACAUCCUUUUUAGGUUUCACUUUUUUUUAGUUGUGUCUGUAUAAAUUACAUAUGUAUUGAUCUGGGUUUCAUAUAUGGAGGUCGUUGAGGUGUCGGGUGGUGUUAAACCCAUCAUCGUCGGCGGUGGUGUUGAGAGGGUAAAUUCCGAAAGGGAUCAGGUUCGUGUGAAGAGAAAAACCCUAGAGGCGGUUCUUGAUCAAUGCCAACGAGCUCUUGAAUUGCUUAGCACUACUGGUUGUAUUGAAGAUGAUGACGAAAGUGGUGAUGAAGUUGUUGAUGAUGGUGAUUCUGCCGGAACGAGCAGCGGCUGUCGUGGAUCUUAUCCGCAAUCGCAGGACGGCGAGGCUGAUUUGCUAUGCAGUCUACUGAAGUCGAGAGUUGAAUGCCCGGAUUUUCUUCAAAAACUAGAGAGCGCACAGGUGUCUGUUCCACAGGGUUCAGCAGAAGAAAAUAAUUCAUGGGACGUGGUGAGUGAAAAGGAUCUAUGGGAAGGUGGAAAUAUGGUGUCAGAUGAAGAUUAUGUGUUAGUGAGACAAGAUGAUAUCGUGGAUGGAAUUGCAUGCUUCAUGGCUGCAUAUUUACUUUCCCUUAAAGAGACCAAGGAUUUGAGUCCAAAACAACUCCAGGAUGCCCUUUGCAAGACAUUCUCCAUGAAAAAACAAAAGGGAAAGCUUAGAAAGGCAUGGGAUGGAAGCAAAGUUAUCUACAACGUUGCAUCUUGGGGCGCAACAGCCAUCGGGAUAUACCAGAACCCGGCUAUUCUAAGGGCAGCUUCAGCAGCAUUCUGGACUUCAUGCAAUGUCAUAUCCAAGCUUUUCUGAUUUAUUGCGACUCUAACUUUCGUUCUUUCUUUCUUUCUUUGUUGGGUUUGGGUCUGUGUAAGUAAGUAAGUAUAUUAUCAUAUCAUAUCAUAUCAUAUCGCAAGUCAGUCAGUCAGUCUCCCCCUACUCCUAGGAUUCAUUACACACACAACUCUUGUAUAUAAUUCUUUUCAUUUGUGCUGCUUCAUCAAA